AUGACUGCUGCUGCGAAUUGGUUUUGUGGUGAUAACCUCGCAAUACAACUGAAGGACGCUUAUGUCGCAGAGAAAGCCAUAACAGCGCAUCGGGUGGCAGCACUUAUCCUUUCGCGAAUCUUGCGACAAAUCAUUCACAGACGAUUUCAGGGAAACCUCGAAGUCGCCCUCCAUUUAGUCUUCCACGAGGUCGACGGUACAUUUUUUCGAGGGGACGAGUACUUUGAGAAGAGACAUUGCCAUCCAGAGUUCAUGCCUUUCUGGGAAACAGACGCCGUGCAGAUCAUCCUGAAAGAGUGGCAAUGGAUAUUUCGACUCCCUUGUGAGAAUCACGGCUAUCUCGUCCUAGUUGCUCUCCCCAAUAUCGUCCGGGCGACUUUGACUGAAGUCCCCGAAGAUGAGCAAGAAGCUGCCAAUCAAUGCGUUGCCGAACUCUCCGAAGCUUUCACACCAGAGAACGAUCCGCCAAACGAGGAAACGCAUCUUUUCAGCCCAGAUGAAGAUGAGAUUCUUGCUGCAGAUCAGAUCUGGUUACCUGGCUUUCCCCGCCCUGUCACCGCUGUUAUGGAAUCGCUUUUUGCAAGGUGGCUUGGAAUGUGGACUGUGACGAGUGGGAGGUACUUCUGCUUCGCUAUUCGAGGGUUACUCGUAGGGGUCGAUCCCGAUGGGAGAAUAGCCGUUCUAAAGCGGACCUAUCGACUCCCAUUACAGUCCACCGAGUCUUCGAAUGACCCAGCCUCCCAGGCUGUAGAUGGAGAGAAGAUGCGUCCACACCGAGCAGUGCUCUUGAGACGACCUGAAAUAACACCGGGAGUCAUGGAUUGGUGA